AUGUCACAACGGAAGUUAUUUGUUGGAGGAAACUGGAAGAUGAAUGGCAGUCAUAAAGAAAUUGAUGUUAUUUUCAAUAACCUGAAAUCUGCCGACCUUGACCCUAACGCUGAUAUUGUACUUGGAGCCCCCGCUUGCUACUUAAAGUAUGCUCAAGAGAAGGCACCUAAAGGCAUUCAGAUCGCGGCCGAAAACUGCUACAAGGUUCCGAGCGGCGCAUUCACUGGUGAACUAAGUCCAGCUAUGAUUAAGGAUUGCGGUUGCCACUGGGUAAUCUUGGGACAUUCUGAACGUCGUCAUAUUUUCGGCGAAUCUGAUGAGCUUAUCGGUGAAAAAGUUAAACACGCUCUGGAAGCUGGUCUAGACGUAAUUCCAUGCAUCGGUGAGCUUUUGGAGGAACGUGAGGCCGGAAAAACCAAUGAGGUUUGCUUCAGGCAAAUGGCGGCCAUUGCAAAGAAUGUAAGCAAAAGCCAGUGGGACCACGUCGUCAUUGCGUACGAACCGGUCUGGGCCAUUGGCACAGGAAAGACGGCCACCUCUGCUCAGGCGCAAGAAGUCCACAAGGCUGUUCGUGAUUGGAUUCGUGACCAUGUGGACGCUAACGUCGCCAGUAAAGUUAGAAUUCUUUAUGGCGGUUCGGUGAAUGCCGGAAAUGCAAAGGAACUUGGAAGUCAGCCUGACGUUGAUGGUUUCUUGGUCGGCGGUGCUUCAUUGAAACCUGAAUUUGUCCAGAUCAUCAACGCGAGGCGAUGA